UAAAGUUGGAAGGAAAGAAAGAAGGAGAAAGGGGUAAGAUAGUAUUUUGACAUGCAGGAAACGAAGCGGUAGUAGUAGAGAGUAGUGGGAAGGUAACCGGAGUUUCUCUCCCACCGCUAUAUCAUAUGGGGGCCAAUUGUUUUAUUUUCAUCAUUCAUUCAAAUUCUGCUUCCAAUCAUAUUUAAAUAGAAACACACACUCCUCAUCCCAAACCCUACAUUUUCUUCAAGCGCUGCGGUGGAUCAGAUUCCCCAUUAAGGAUGGAGGAUGGUGAGAAACCCAGCCAUGGCAUUGCUGAUAUGGAUGUUGUUGAUGCCACUUUGCAAAGCCAUCGUGUGGCUUCUGAUCAAGUAAUGGUCCUACAGGGUCAUGAUAUCAAAAACGGCGAUUCUGAUCCUGCUCACGUGCCAGCAACCAGUGCAAUUAGCAAUAAUCAGUUUGAACUUGAAGAUGCUAAGACUGUUUCGCAUCAGGAACUGAUCACUCCAAAGCCUAAAGAAAAGAAUGUCAGAGAAAUGAAGAAUGUGCUAAAUGAUACCGAGAUGACUGAUUAUGAUGAGUAUGGCACGCCUCUGGAUCGAGAAACAUUUAUGAAAGAGCUUGAGACUUUCUACAGAGAGCGGUCCUUGGAAUUUAAGCCUCCUAAGUUUUAUGGAGAGCCACUCAAUUGUCUUAAGUUGUGGAGAGCUGUUAUCAGACUAGGCGGCUAUGAUGUGGUAACUGGAUCCAAGUUGUGGCGGCAAGUAGGAGAGUCUUUCCACCCCCCAAAGACCUGCACUACAGUCUCAUGGACAUUUAGAAUUUUUUAUGAGAAGGCACUUUUAGAGUAUGAAAAGCACAAGAGAGAGAUUGGGGAGCUACAGCUCCCUGUUGGACCAUUCCAUCAAUCUUCAAAUGUGGAAAAAGAGCCUGCUGUUUACCAGACUCCAGGCUCAGGUAGAGCAAGAAGGGAUGCAGCAGCACGUGCAAUGCAAGGUUGGCAUGCUCAGCGCCUUCUUGGAUACGGUGAGGUUGCUGAGCCAGUUAUUAAGGACAAGAACUUCAGUUCCACGCCAAAGCGUGAAAAGAACCUAAAAAGUAUUGGUAUGAAUAAUAAACAGAGGACACUGUCUGGUCUGGAGCAUGCUGAAAAAUCUGCAAAUAUUGAAGGAGAUCGGCAAUUGGUCACAGCAGUAGUGGAUGUUGGACCCCCAGCUGACUGGGUGAAGAUCAAUGUGCGUGAAAGUAAGGAUUGUUUUGAGGUAUAUGCCCUAGUUCCUGGGCUCCUUCGUGAGGAGGUGCGAGUCCAAUCAGAUCCAGUUGGACGUCUUGUUAUAACUGGUGUGCCAGAACAUAUAGACAAUCCAUGGGGAAUUACCCCCUUCAAAAAGGUUGUGAACUUACCUGCAAGAAUUGAUUCGCUUCAGACAUCUGCUGUUGUUAGUUUGCAUGGUCGACUAUUUGUACGCGUUCCUUUUGAGCAGGGAGCUGUGUGAGAUGUGAAUGUUCCUCCCUUGAAUCAUUGAUUUAUGAAAUCUCCCCUUCAUAUUAUUAGUCGAAACUACCACCAACUUUAACAUUUUUUUAGGGAAAAAUACCCAAUUUAACUAAUACAAUAUGCUUGAAUUUUCCCAUCAAACGCCUUUUUAUCCAUAUGCGAAAGAAAUGGACUUGGUGUUCUGGUGCAUCAUUAACAAGCAAGAGUCCGAGAAGUGGAGUGGUGGAGGACUCGUUCAAAAGCUCGUUGCUUUCGAAAAUGCUAAAUGAAGAUGUUAGUCUGGCAAAAAAAAAAAACACUAUUGUACAUCGUCUUCCAAUUACGUGUGGAUGUGAACAGAAAAUAUUUUCAUCAUUACUCCAAUCCAAAUGUGAACAGAAAAUAUUUUAAUCGUAUAUAUGAUUUUGGUUCCCUUUCCAGCA